AUGUCGUCGUCGCGCGACUACCUCUUCUGCCCCCUCUCGGGGGACCUCCUCGAGUUCGACUCCGCGAACGGCGUCGCGCGGUGCCCGAUGUGUAGCUUCAUGAAGGACCUCUCAGAGUUCGAGGGGAUCAAGGUGACCAGUGAGACUGACAUGGACGACUUCCGGCGGCGGUACGGCAUCAAGUGCCUCGCGGACGCGGGCGCGGACACGGGGGAGGUCAAGCGCGGGCGGCAGACGACGGACGAGGACUGCGUCAACUGCGGCCACCGGGGGCUGGAGUUUUACACCAUGCAACUGCGCUCGGCAGACGAGGGGCAGACGGUGUUCUACGAGUGCCCGAAGUGCAAGCACAAGUGGAGCCAGAACAACUAG